AUUAUUGUCUCCCAAGUCAAUCGACAAGAUAGCAAUAUAUAAUGCUUUUAACAGUCUUUUGGAUUCUUGCAAUUACCUCACCUAUAAGGCCUACUCUGAGCAGCACUAACCAUGUCCUUGCAGUUUCCCAAGUCGUGGAAACAUAUAUUCAUGGCUGUGCCUUUGGCCACAAACAAGGAAAUUCCACAUUGUUCAUAUAAAAUUUUCAAAAGUGACAUGAUUCUGCCUGCCAAUCAAUGGGUUUUCAAUUUCAAAUCGUUCCAGCUUUUUUGUUAGUGCUCACUUGGAUCGAUCACCCAACACUAAGAACAAUAAAAACAUUGAAGCAAAUCAAGUCCUAUAUAAUUGAGAAGCUCAUGAACCAUUCUUUCACAAGCAGAGAUUGCAUAGAACAACACUAAUGGAGGUGGUGGAUUCUGGACCUGGAAAUUUUGAAGUAAGCUUCACUAGAGAAAGUAUUGUAAAAGCUAUCAGUAAUCCCUUCCCAGAGCCUAAAAUCCUCUCACUAUCAAACCUUGACCUGCUUUCGGGCCGUUUUCCGGUGACAUAUUUCUACUUCUACCAAAAUGUUCAGAAUGUUAACUACACCACCAUCACUGAAUCCCUCAAAAGUUCCCUCUCUGAAACACUUGAAUACUACUACCCGUUCUCCGGUCGAAUUACUGAAAAGCCGGAAACAGGGGAGCCAGAGGUCAUAUGUGACAAUACUGGUGCUCUGGUUGUAGAAGCCCAAGCCAACAUUCCUUUGAAGCAACUUAACUUCUACAAUCUUGAUCUGUCUUUAAAAGGGAAGCUAGUAUCUGUAAAUUCUGGCUUUCCAGUGCAAGUCCAAGUCACAAGUUACACUUGUGGAGGAAUCUCAAUCACAUUCUCAUUUGAUCAUGCACUUGGUGAUGCUAGUUCCUUUGGAAAAUUCCUUGUUUCCUGGUCUGAACUUGCUCGAAAGAAACCGGUUUCUUGCAUACCAGAUCAUAGCAGAAACCUUUUUCCACGCUGUCCGCCUACUUAUCAUCCUUCUGUGGAUCAAACAUAUAUCAAGUGUUCAUUACAUGAAAUACUAAAUAUUCCAAUGAAGAAAAGACUCAUUAAGCGCCUCUACUUCAUCGACGCAUCAAGCAUCAAUAACCUUCAAAUAUUAGCUUGUGCUGAUGGUACCAAGAGAACAAAAAUUGAAGCUUUCUCAGCCUACAUCUGGAAGAUCAUGGUCAAAGCCAUUGAUGAAUGCCAAGAGAAGUGCAAGAUGGGGUGGUUAGUCAACGGACGAGGAAGAAUCAGAGAGGACUAUUUGAUGUCAAAUUACAUAGGAAAUGUUUUGUCUGUUGCUGUGGGAGAGUCAAGUGUUGAAGACUUGAACAAAGGUUCAAUUUCAGAUAUUGCCAAUCAUGUUCAUGAGGCAAUAUCAAGUGUGGCUAAUGAAGAUCAUUUCCUGGACUUGAUCGAUUGGAUCGAAUGUCACCGCCCGGGGCUGAUGAUGUCAAAGAUUGUGCUUGGUUUGGGGGAUACACCAGCACUUGUUCUGUCAUCUGGAAGAAGGUUUCCAGUGAGUGAAGUUGAUUUUGGAUUUGGGAGUCCAGUGUUGGGGACAGUGUGUUCCACCAUUGAAAGGAUUGGAGUUGGGUAUAUGAAUCAAAGGCCAAGUGCUAGGGAUGAUGGUUCAUGGACUGUGUCUGCAAUUUUGUGGCCAGAACUGGCUGCUGCAUUGGAGUCUGACUCAAUCUUCCAACCUAUGUCUGCCACUCUUCUGCAAUUCUAAAUUCCAAUAUAAUUAUGUGUUAUGCAUGAGG